AUGGCACCCCAUAAAUCCCUCCGGGCUUUUCUAGCAACGGCUCGCGCGGCCCUGACGGCCCCACCGUCCAAACGGACGGCUUCUUCUCCUCCUCCUCUGCACUUUGUCGUUGGCAAUGAGUCUGCUGACCUCGACUCCCUGUGCUCCGCCCUCUUCCUCGCCUACUUCCGCACAUACAGCCCGCUGCUGCGCGGCAAAGAUCACAGCCGCAACAUCCUGCACAUCCCCGUCUGCAACCUCCCGCGCGAUGAUCUGGCGCUGAGGCCCGAGUUCGCUGCGGUGAUGCGGUGGGCGGGGGUCCAGAGCUUGGAUGAGGUUGUCACGCUUUCGGAGCUGUUGUUGCCGCUGUCGGGUAGUGGUGGCGAAGGGAAAAAGGAAGGGGGGGGAGGGGAAGAGUUGUGGAUUUUAGAGCACGAGGAGACGAGGUGGGUGCUUGUCGACCACAAUGUGCUGACAGGUGCGCUGGCGAAAGCAUUCGGGAACGGCGAUGGUGAGGGUCGAGGUGUCGUGGAUGGAUGUAUUGAUCACCAUGACGACGAAGGCGUGGUGCCGCCGGAUGCGCGGCUAAGGGUUAUUGAGAAGUGCGGGAGCUGUAUGAGUUUAGUGGUGGAGGAGUGUGCGAAGGCGUGGGAGGCGUUGGGAGAAGAAGAGAAAGGGGGUAAGAGUGAGGAUGGGGAUAUGAAGAAGAUCAACGCGCAGUUGGCGAAGCUGGCGCUCGCGCCCAUCUUAAUCGAUACCACGAACCUGGGCGACGCGAAUAAGACGACGCCGCGUGAUGAGCGGGCCGUCGCUGUUGCGGAGGCGUGGAUCGCGGAUGCGGCUGAUAGCUACGACCGCGCAAAGUUCUUUGCCGAGCUGUCGGCCCUGAAGGCGGAUCUCUCGCCCCUGUCGAUCUACGAUAUCCUGCGCAAGGACUACAAGGAGUGGGUUGAAGAAGGCAACGGAAGUAGCCUCAAGCUAGGCACGUCGAGCAUAGCGCAGCCCAUAGCGUUCCUAGUCGACAAGGCCGGGGGCGAAGAGGAGCUGGUGAAGGAACUGGAAGCGUGGGCUACGCGGAAAGAGCUGGAUGUCGUGGCGCUGCUGACGGCGUGCGAGAAAGACGGCGUGUUUAUGCGGGACUUGCUGGUCUGGGCUAGGAACGGGCCGGAGGUUGUGGAGGCUGUGAAGGGCUUGUUCGAGGGGAACGGGAAGGAGACGCUGGGGCUGAGUACGUGGGGAGAGGGAAGGUUGGAUGCGGAGGAUGGGGAGGGCAGCUGGAGGAGGUGUUGGAGGCAGGCGGGGUUGAGGUAUAGUCGCAAGCAGAUUGCGCCGAUGCUUAGGGAGGCGUUGAAGGGGGUGGGGAAGACGUGA